UAAUUACAAUUAUGUCCAUGGAAGGCCGGAGUAACGGCAGCAGCCCCGGCGAUGCGGCGGCCGCGCCGGCGGCUGUCCGUUCCCGGUGGACCCCGAAACCGGAACAGAUCCUCAUCCUGGAGUCCAUCUUCAACAGCGGGACGGUGAACCCGCCCAAAGACGAGACCGUCCGCAUCCGCAAGCUGCUCGAGAAGUUCGGCGCCGUCAGCGACGCCAACGUCUUCUACUGGUUCCAGAACCGCCGCUCCCGCUCCCGCCGCCGCCAGCGGGAGCUGCAGGCCGCCUCAGCCCUCGCCUCAUCCUCACCGCCUUACUCCUCCUCCACUGCACGUUCCACUUCCGCCUCGCCGUCCUCCUCCUGGCCGGUCGCCGACGAGGACCUCUUGUCGAUCUCUCACCGGAUGGGAGGGUUCAUGGAAGGCAAUUAUUCCAUCUUCAACUGCACGAAGCAACCCGAUCAGUAUAGCCCAAUUAAUGAAUCGAUCGACAACACGAUCACGGUGUUCAUCAACGGGAUGCGAUGGGAAGCGCCGAGAGGGCCUUUAGACAUGAGAGCCAUGUUCGGCCAAAGCGCGGUGCUGGUGCAUUCCUCUGGACAGCCGCUACCUGUCGAUGAACAUGGAAUUCUGCUGCAGAGCCUGCAGAUGGGCGAGAGCUACUUCCUGGUAAGAUCACUACUGCUGUAGUCUGUAGACGUCUUCGAUCGAUGAAUAAACUAAUUCUGUUAUAGCUUGUGCACCCGGAGGCUGGAGCAUGUGUCUAGGCGCAGAAGGGAUAAUGGAUUUGUACAUUAAUUUGUUCUCCAAAUUGUCUUCUUAUGCUUGUUUUGUAUGGAGCGGUACG